UGCUGCGCGCGACCCCGGGACUCCUCCCGGAAGUGACGGCAAGGCGGCGAUGGCGGCUCGCAGUUUCAUUCCGGAUCUCCACUGGACUACAAACUGAUUUUACCCGGACCGGUUAGACUUUGGGGAACUUUUUUAAAGCUGUCUCUCCACGGACGCUGCUCAGAGUGAAGUCACGUUGACCUGGUGCUUGUCGACGGGCGGCCCCGCAGCUUUUUUGGGGGAUUUUUGUCCAAGGUUCAAGGUGGUCACCCUGUCGAGCUAGCGGUAGCUUGGUAGCUGUAAGCUAACGUUAUUUGGUUCACAGCUAGCUUGUCAACGAGCUGCGUGCUAAGGUCCACACAGCAGCAGCAGCAGCUUCUCCUUCCAACACGUCCACGUUCGUAUUUUAAAACUACAAUGCGAAUGAACUGUAUUUAAUGCUGAUUGUGCCACAAGUGUGCAGAGCAGGGUACUCACACGUUUGCUUGGCCUCUGGGUUCAUUUGAAUUGCUAGUUUGGCGGUUGUGGCUAAAAACGCGUUUCGACUAUCACUAGCAAUCAAGUUCCCUCUGAAACUGACCCCAGAACUUCAGACGAAAGCUUGCUAUCAACUAAGAAGUAAAGUCGGGCUCCUGUGGGGGUCUCUGAAGGCUCGUCAACAUGCUGAAGACCCGGCAAUGUUUACUUGGCAUCCGCACUUUCCUCGGCGUCACGUCGAGACUAUGGGGCUUCAUCAUGUACAUCCUCAGGAAGCACCUACGAACGAUAAUCCAGUAUCAGACGGUGCGAUACGACACUUUGCCCCUGUCACCUAUCUCCAGAAACAGACUCAAUACAGUAAAGAGGAAGAUUCUGGUGCUGGACCUGGACGAGACGCUGAUCCACUCUCACCAUGACGGGGUCCUCAGACCCACAGUGAGACCUGGCACGCCGCCAGACUUUAUCCUCAAAGUCGUCAUCGACAAACAUCCAGUCAGAUUCUUCGUACAUAAAAGGCCACAUGUGGACUUCUUUUUAGAAGUGGUAAGCCAGUGGUAUGAGCUGGUGGUUUUUACAGCCAGUAUGGAGAUCUACGGCUCAGCGGUGGCAGACAAGCUGGACAACAACAGGAACAUCCUGAAACGCAGAUACUACAGACAGCAUUGUACGUUGGAUCUAGGAAGUUAUAUUAAAGACUUGUCUGUAGUACAUGAUGACCUAUCCAGUAUUGUCAUCCUGGACAACUCGCCUGGCGCUUAUCGAAGCCAUCCAGACAAUGCAAUACCCAUCAAGUCCUGGUUCAGCGACCCUAGUGACACAGCACUUCUUAACUUGCUGCCUAUGCUGGAUGCACUAAGGUUCACCGCUGAUGUCCGCUCCGUCCUCAGUCGAAACCUCCACCAGCACCGGCUCUGGUGAUUGGCUGAAUCUGGAGGGGAUGGGGCUUGUUGACCAGCCCCUUCCUUUCUGCUGCCGGCUUCCUUCCUGCCCUCCGUCCCCCCGCACAGACGACCCACCAGCCCUCAGCGAGCCUCUCAGACUCAUCUCGAGGAGACGAGGGUUGGGGCGACCGCCUAAUGCGGGACGAACAGUACAGUACUGGGGACCACCAGAGCCCCCCAAAAAAACUACUGAGGAGGGAGGGAGGGGGAGCCAGCUUGUUUUUGUUUUUUUUUUCUUCUUAAAUCUUUAUUUGUAUUUUUUUUUCCAAAACAAAAAGGAGCCUCUCUGCCUUAUCGCUCCUGAUACUGACUGUGUGCGAAUGAAGGUGAGCUUGUGUACGUGAGUUGGAAGUGUACUUGCUGACUUCGUUAGUCCUUUUUAAACUUUUUUGACAAUUGAGAGGGAGGGCAAGAGGAGGAUCAGCAAAGCAACAAAAGACAAUAUUUCAUGAUUAUUUCUUCUUCUCCUCCAUCGUUACCGGACUUUGCACUUCAGCAGACAACUCAUAAAUAUCCUGUCUUAACCGCUCGGAGAGUGUGAGUAGGGGGAAAAUAGAAAAACGCCCCCUUUUUAGAUGAUCCUCACAGCUCUGCGGUGAUUCAUUGAUUCCUGAGGUACGUUUUUCCCGCUGAACAAGACCGGAUCAACUUAAUAACUGAUGGGACUGCUUGCAACAUGCCAUCCACGGGCGAAUUCCUGGACAAAAAGCCGCACAGCCUGAUGUAUUUUUUCUCAGUCACUCUUUCCCCACAGCUCCUCACAGGACUCCGAGUGAAAGACGGCGGGAAAGUUGUGAGAAAAAAGCGUGUGGACUGCGGUGCCGCCUCUCCAUAUCUGAUUGUUUCUCUCUUAUAAUAUAUGAUAGUACCACCUCUGCAUACCACGACAUUUCGCUCUCCCCCUUCGCCAUUUGAUGCCAUCCUGAUUUCAUUGAAUAGGAAUUGCACUUAAUUUUUCCCCACUUCUGUUUUUGUUGCAGUUGGUUUUGUAUUUGAUUCAAAUUUGCAGCCUUUUCCCCCCCCUCCUUCGGUUUUUACCCGCUCCGCUUUCUGUAAGGGUCCGACUAUUAGACCCUCCGUCUUUAAAUGCCUUCUGAACAAUGUCAGUCUUAUCAAGGCUCACAGCGGCUUCUCAUUGGCUCUGUCUCCAGGUCUGUGUUACUAAUAAAAACACUUGUCAGUAUCGACCAGUUA